AAUCAAGUACGUAUUUUGCGAAUGAUACAGGUCUCAUGUGAGAUUGAGCGUGAUCUUAGUACGGAUUACACCCUUUUUUCUGCUAUUUGGUUCUGCAAUAAUGGCGAAAAUGUCUUAAAAUAAGAUGGUUGUCAGCUUGCUAGAUUUGUUAGUCAUUUGAACUUCUAAAGCUGUCAAUUUUCAUAUGUUUGUCAAUAUUCUACUUAAGAUGCACUCUGAUACAUUUUUGGUUGUGAUAUCCGCGAACCCAAAGUAUGACCAUCUUCUUUAAAUCCUUAUUGGGUCACUUUUUUUUUUUUUUUUUUGUUCUUUAUGUGACUUUCAAUGGUGUGAAUGUCCCUCUUUUGGCUUAUUUCUGUCCUCAAGGUAAUUGGCCACCAAUUUUUGUUGAAGGAGGUUGAAUAUUCAUAUACAGGUCACAAUGGUAAACAAUCUGGCCAAGCUUCUUGGAGAAAAGUGGAAUAUAUGCAAUGGAUGAUUUUCACCAUGCUAACAGAAGAGGCUGCUCAAAAACUUGUGGAGAAAGUGAGUGUUUCCGAACUCCGUCAACCAAGGUCGUGGCAUUUGCUAUUGUUUGUUAGACUGUUGACAGUGAAGGAUAAAAGAGGAUUCCUGCUGCAUAAUGUUUUGCAGUCCAGGUGGAAGUUUCUUUACUAUGUCUUCUUGAAUGACUGGUUGGAUAAGUGGAAAAUGUUUUUCAAAUUACAGACUUGCUACCAAAGGAGCAACCUCUCUGCCCCUUCAGGGUGAGAUACAAAAAAGACAGGAAACAGGGAAAACUUUGAAAGCAAAGCAAGCCCUUUAUUUUAUGUUCGUUAUGCGGAUUCAGGCAGGACUGAUUAGAUGGUGGAAAACUGGUUUAAGAGAAUUACUAUUCUUUUGUUUUUCAUAUUAUUCCGAAAUGAAGAAUAGUAAAUGAUGAAGAGACUUGAGGACUUUUGUGUUGCAAUUCCCUACAAAUUGACAAAGAUGAAAUGAGGAUGAAUGGGAGCAACAGUGUUCUUCUUGAUUAAAUCCAGCAUGUGUGCGUGGACAUGGAUCUGCACAGGAGCAAGUUUGAUGACAAUGCAGUUCCUGAUCUUUGAAUACUGCUUUCACCAUCCUAUAAGAGUUCUGGAGAAAAUUGCGGGCACAGACAGUGAUAAUUGGUAUCAGUCUUUUGGAUUAUGGUUUCUCGGAAAUUGAAUUCAUGGACAUCAGAAUGCUGCUUCUUCAACCAGGAUGUAAAACUGUGUGGCUCUCAUUCUACCAUACAUGUAACUGAACUUUGACGUUUGCAAAUAAUUAGAUUCCUCUCAUGCAAUGUGGAGGGAGAGACAUGAAAAGAGUAUUAUUUAUAUUUUCUAUGUUGUCCGAGAACUA